AUGACAGUCAGCGCCGCCCAGAAGGAGGUGUCGGAGGUGUCGGAGGCGGUGAAGAACGACAAUCGCGAUGUUUCCGACCUGUGGAAAGAGGCCCUCAAAGCCUACAAAGGGAUCGUAGGGUUCGACCUCGAGCGUAAGUUUGAUAAUGUUCAGGCGAUGAUCGAUCAAGGCACCCACGAGAUGGAGAACUUUCACAAGUUUCGCCAUAACGACAAGAAAGUGGACAAACUGCGAAGUUUGUUUGCUGCCAAUCUCGAUUACAUUGAGAAGGGCGCACAGCAGCUCGUCUCGGCAGCCGUUCCAGCUUUCCCUCCGGCUGCAGCUAUUGGCACCGCGGUGACCAUAAUGCUAAGCGCAUGCCGCCAAGUCUCGGCAGACUAUGACAUCGUGAUGGUGUUCUUUGAAGACAUGAACAGCUUUUUGCAGCGUAUCACGAUUCUUGAGACUAGACUCCCGAAACACAAGGGUUAUCAAAACUGUCUCAUGGACGUUUUCACGUCUUUUCUAGUCAUGUGUGGCUUUGCGCACAAGUUCAUCGAGCUAGGCCGUUUCAAGAAGUGGAUCAGUAACCUUCUUCACGGCGAGGAUAGCGAGUUGGGCGGCGCUCGUAAAGGCAUGGAUCUCAAGAUUCGACGUCUCCAGCAAGCGACAGAGUUUGCAAUCCUUGGCAACACGGAAGAGAUCCAGAAGAUGAGCACAGAGUUAUUGACCAACCAAGAAACACACACUGCAAUGCUGGAGAAGCAGAUGCAGAUCAUGAACUCAAUUCGUGAUACCACCGAGAUGAUCCAAAGUGACAUGGCGAAGUUGCUGAAAGCCUUCAAUGAACAAAAACGCGAAGAAAAGAAGGACCGUGGCAAUGACCACCGUGCCAAGGUGGCGGAGCAAAAUAAGCCUCCAUCUGCAAAGAGAAUCCGCAACAUCUUGGUUGAGGUAGAGGGUGAAGGUCAUGAGUACCACGUCCUGAAGGAGACACUUGUUAAGGACACCUGCACUUGGGUGUUUUUGCAGCCCGCAUGGGAUGAGUGGCUGAAGCAAGGCCAAGCCGACCACUUGACUCUGGCCAUCACCGGCGAACCUGGCUCUGGGAAAAGUCACAUCGGGCUUACAGUCUACGAAAGGCUGCUUAAUGAAGCCAUGAACGACACUUCUAAGCUGACGUGUGCCGCACAUUUCUACUUCCGGGAACAGUCGUCCAGUCUCUCAAACUUCUGCAACGCCAUUACAACUGUCAUCAUCCAAGCUGUCGAACAAAAUGCUUCACUCUGUGAGCUGGUCAAUGCAGAGGUAAUCAAGGAUGGCUUCGACAUGGAUUCGUAUGUCGCCGAAUCGCUCAUUCGUCAGAUCUUGGUUCCCGCGUUUGGUAAAGCCUCCAAGUUCAAGCUGCUUCUUCUCUUGGACGGGCUUGAUGAGCUCGAUGAUCUCACCGAAUUUCUUAAUUUUCUUAAAGUGAUACGCGAGGAGAAUCUGAGAAUCAUUGUGGCUUUUACGUCUAGGCCAGGGGUUCUUUCCAGUGUUCAGGAAUUAUCAUCCGUGCUCGCGGUCAAUGUCACGAGAGAAAACCAAAAGGAAGACUUGAGAGCGUUUAUCUGGAGUCACAUCAAUUCCUUGUCUACCAUGAGAAAGUUCGAUCGCUACGUCCAACAACGUAUUGCGGACAAGGUCGAGGAGAUAGCCCCGAACUUCUUGUACGCUACGCAUAUGCUUGCGCGUUUUGACAACCUAGGCCGCGAAGGCGCUGUUAUCCGGAACCUGGAAAAACCAUUGCCUUUGGGACUUCAUGGGAUCUAUGAAGGCUUGUUGACCGACUGCUACCGUCGAACUGAGCUCGAGCACAAGCCCAUUGUGUCUAAGCUCCUUCAUUGGCUGGCCUUUGCUUUCCGACCAUUGACUUUCAACGAAGUAGUUUCACUAGUACGAUUGUGGGUGAAUAAUGUCAACUUUGACCUUGAACAGGUUCCCGAACCCUUCGAAAGCUUUCUCCAGGUUGGUGAUCCUGGUUCCGAUGCUGAAGAGCGUGCCAAGAUCCAGGCUCAGGGCGGAUGGGGCACAGCAGUAAGCGAGUUGGGAAAGACGCAGACAGCUGUCGACCGUGAGGCCAUCUACAACGAUGGUGAGCUGCCUGUGAAGUUCAAGGAGCGCUCGAUGCGAUCGUUCUUCAUUGAAGAACCUGACAAAACCGACAUCCACGCCCACCGCAUAAGGCCCUCGGAGAUUCAUCGGCAGAUGUUUCUAGACUGCACCAAGCUUGCCUGCACUACAGGCCAUUACCCAUUCCCAAUUUCCAGUGCCCUCAGUCGUUAUGCAGUGGUUAACAUUGUAUCACACUGGUCUCGCAUUGACUUCGAAAGUCAUACGACUGAGGAACAAAUAGAGGUCAUGGAGGCACUAGCUUCCACUUUAUCGAACAAAAAGUCGUUCGCUCGGAUGAUGGAGUGGACUGGGUCCACCUACUCGAGUACAUUCACUGUUGAAGUUUUCGAAAGACUGUCUAGAUGGAGUCAACUCCUCAGCAUCCACGAAGAGGAAUUAAGCGAGGAUGCGGGCGAGUGGUGGAAAAUUGUCUCAGAGAAUCCGCGGAACUGCUUGAUCUCUCUCGUCAAAGCUCACUUGCGGCAAAUUUACAUUUCACUUAAUGUCGACACCGCCUUGGCUUCUUACCGAAGAGCGAGGGAUGCCAUGAAGACUAGCAACUUGGACCCUAUUCUUUCGCAGCAAGCCAAGAAAACCUACGAAGCUGAGAUCGGAAACAUAGGGGAAUCCCUGACCGAGAAACAAGGUGUCCUCGGCAUCGAAAGUCUCUUUGAAGACGUUAAAAUUGAACCCGCAGGAUACCGCGCACUUGCUUCUCUAAUGUUACACUUCAAAUAUUUGAAGCCCGCAGAGACAUUGUGUCAAAAUGCCUUAGACGGUCUCUAUGGGGCUCUCGACAUCGUCAGAACCAGGGAGCUUAUGGCCCGAAUUCAUUUGGAGAAUGAUGCACAGGCCGGUCAUCGAGAUAUUCUCGAGUGUUUCGAAAAGAUGAACGACGAAACUGUUCCGCUGUCUUUGCGCCACGCUGUGUGUAUCACCAAAGCGAGGGUGGAGGCAAAGCUAGAGAUGAACGAGGCAGCCGCCAUCUCAUAUGCUCACGCAAGGUCUGUCGAUCCGACAAUCCUGAUGACUGGGGAGAUUCUGAACGAAGAACUUGAUCUGUUCUCGGAGGAGAACAGCAAGAAGGGCUUCAUCGGCGUUUUGAAGAGUUGGAGUCCGCUACAGCGACUUACCUGGCUCUGCUGGGAAUACGAUGACUACCACGACGAGAGAUCACGAUUGCUCCGUAAUGUUGCCAUCCAGUCAGGGGAAGUUGAUCUUAUCAUCCAAUUAUACCUGGACUCCAUUCAGUACUUGGAAAACGUCAAUGCAGCCGCACCGCUGCGAAUUGAUCUUUCGUUACUCUAUCAGCAUGUAACCGGGGACAUCGAGGCAGCAAGACUAGCUUUAGAUGAGGUUCUCGAUAGUGGUUCAACAGGCUAUCCGUACGCCAUCACAGACGCAUCCCCCGACUACACUGUUACUCGUGCAGUUGACGGCUACAGCGAAUUGCUUUAUGGCAUUUUCCGAAGCUCGCAUGAGCCGAAGCACAAGACGGAAUUGCUUACUACUAUCCAAGGGCUCCUUAGCCGCCCUCUCGCCCUCGACGUACUGCCGACAUCAAUCACGUAUCUCAAUUUCCGCCUAAUCGUUCUCUCUCGGAUGUAUCUAAAGUUGGGCCCUGUAACCAAUUUUCAGGACACUCUGCAAGGUGUUUUGAUCAGCUGUAUCGAUGCACUUAGUGACACAAUCAGUUGGAAUGAUGCAGACAAUCUAGUCUGUCUAUCGAAAGCUCUUCACAUUCUUGGCAAUUCCAUACGCAACGGCCAAGAACUACACACAAUGGCGCGCACUAUGUACUCUGCUGUGUUCUGUCAUCUCGACCCUAAGGUCAAAUUGAUGGACGAUGAGGCUAACGACCAUUCUGACGAUGACGAUGGAGAUGAUGAAGAGUCAGAUGUCGAUGCGGAUGAACGGCCCACCGACGAAGGGGACCUCAUUGAAGGCGCUGAACUGUUCUGUGAUGGAACAUGCGGCCAAAAGUUCUCUUGGUGGGGGAAGAAAUCCGCUUACGCCUGUAUGGUCUGUCACGACGUACUCUUCUGCACAGAUUGCUACAACAAGCGAGCCACGGAUGGGGAUGCCGGGGAGCAAUAUGACGCUGUUCCGGCUUGUGAUAAAGAACACGAUUUUCUGAAACUACCUGUCGAAGGCUGGAGAGGAGUUACAGAUGGGAAAGUCCUCCUGGAGGGCAAAGGCCCGGUGGAGUUUGGUGAGCUUCUGAAACGGACGCGAGAUGUUCUUUGCAAGGAGGCUUGGGAGGAGUUCUGGAGAAAUUGA